GAGGGCAGAGGGAGGUGUGUAACAAUUUCCUGUAGUUGCAUGCUGCUUGGUGCCUCUUCACCUUCCUCUCUGUUUCUGUCAGGGCAAAGAGCGCAGACGAAGCUGAGCGGAACAGGAUGCAGGCUAUCAAAUGUGUGGUCGUGGGAGAUGGAGCUGUGGGUAAAACAUGUCUCCUCAUCAGCUACACCACCAAUGCCUUCCCCGGGGAAUACAUUCCUACUGUAUUUGACAACUACUCUGCUAACGUGAUGGUGGACAGCAAGCCGGUCAAUCUGGGCCUCUGGGAUACAGCUGGGCAGGAGGACUACGACAGGCUGCGUCCACUGUCCUACCCACAGACGGAUGUUUUCCUAAUCUGCUUCUCCCUGGUGAGCCCAGCGUCCUACGAGAACGUCAGAGCAAAGUGGUACCCCGAGGUUCGUCAUCACUGCCCCUCCACGCCCAUCAUCCUGGUGGGCACCAAGCUGGAUCUGAGGGAUGAUAAAGACACCAUCGAGAAGCUGAAGGAGAAAAAGCUGUCGCCGAUCACCUAUCCCCACGGACUGGCUCUGGCAAAGGACAUAGAUGCUGUAAAAUACCUGGAAUGUUCAGCUUUGACCCAGCGGGGUCUGAAGACCGUGUUCGACGAGGCCAUCAGGGCCGUCCUCUGUCCUCAACCCACCAAGGCCAAGAAGAAGCCCUGCUCCCUCCUGUAAAUUAUUCUCCCAGACCCAGAACAAGACACGAAUUUAUUCAUAUUGAUCAACCACUGUAACAAAUGGAGCAGUGAGAAAUUCUGUAUAAAAUUUCCACUAGUUUAGAUUGCUUUUGUGUUUUCAAAAUAUUCAGCUCGGAGCAAACCCUGAGACGUCAGAUUUAGUAGAGAAAAAGACCCAGGACCCUCACACAUACAGUAUUCCCUUUGACCCGUGUGUCAUUUGUUUUUACGUUGUUGAAUCUGACACAACACUGAAAUGUUUAAAGGCAGUUUAUAUUCAAUAAUUUGAGGGAAUGCAGUUUUGAAGCUGAAUCUUUUUUUUUUAUUAUUCCACCAACAUUUAAUUUCAAAUGUAUUCUUCUCUGUGAUGUUAAAAUAAACAAACAUACUGGUGAA